AACGCUGCAUUUUAUGCCUCGGUCUUAAAAGGAAUGGCAAGCGGUCUUAAAAGCAUGGAUAACAAAUUGAUUGUUAUUCCUGGUACUUUCCAGGCCGAGGAUAAAGACCACGAAAAUACUUACAUUGGUACCCGGGUUCUUCCGGAAGUAGCGGACAACAUUGAUGUUAUUAACUGUCAUACUUACAGUUUUAUCAACGAUGACGCAGGUAUACGAAAAGGAACGUAUCCAGAAAAUAAACUGUCCACAUUUAAUAACAUCCGACCAAUAACAAGAUGGCGGGACACAAACACACCGAAGAAACCCGUAUGGGUUACAGAAUGGGGAUGGGAUUCUGAUGGUGUGGGAGAACAGUGUAGAGGAACAGAAUGUGUAAGUGAGCGUGCACAAGCUGUGUACGCUGUACGAGGUCUUUUAUUGCUGGCAAGGUCAACUAUUGAAAGAGCCACGUGGUACUUCUACGCCAACACCGACUGUGAUACUUUAUUCUGCCGCAGUGGACUCACUUCGUCUAACAAGAAUAAUUUUCAGAAGAAAGCAGUAUUUUACACAUUUCAAAAAUUCUUACAGUACGUUGGUAACACUUACUUUCUUGGUAUUAUCCAAGAAAAUGACAACGGUUUUGUUUAUGCUUUAAGUGACAAGCCACAUGCAUGUUUGGAAAAUGCAAGCGUCUCUGACUUGCUCAAACAUGCAUCUCACGUAAUUGGUUGGCUUCCAGUUGAUAUUAGCAAUCAAAAUUCAAGACAGACCACAUUACAACUUCCGGCGGAAACACAAGUAUCAUUUGCAUGGAGAAUCACCGGAAGUUUAAAUGAUCGAUUAUCCAAGACGACAGAUUAUCAGCAAAGCGGCAAUUUACUGGAAAUGACUUUAAAAACUGAGCCUUUGGUUUUGAAAUUUAACCACAAAACUAUCACAAGUAUUGUAGGGUGAAAGAAACUAUUGUGCUCAUCUAUUUUUCCAUUUAUUUUGCUGGUCAAAUUAUUAAAUAUAUGAACUUA